CUAGACGGGUCACGUGUUCGUCUUCCUCUUUCAUCAAAACAUUGCACAGAUUCUGGAGACACCCGGCUUGAAAGGAGCAGGUGCGGUGGAUUCAUAAAUGGAGCAGACGUGAAAUAUGUCAAGGGAUACCGCUAGCAGAUAACGAAACUACAUUGCUGUAGGAAUCCACCAUGGACAGGCGUAAACCAUGCCCGUACGACAAGGCAAACUGGCUUUCCAGAAUGACAUUUUGGUGGAUAUCAGGUCUGUUCCGAAACGGUUACAAGAAAGAUCUAGACAUAUCUGAUAUGUAUGAUGUCUGCCAAGAAGACGAAUCCAGUCAGGUUGUGCGGACACUGGAGAGGUGCUGGAAGGAUGAAAUACAGAAGUUAGCUGAUGGAAAAAAUGUCAGCUUAUUCAAGACUGUGUUCAGAGCCUUUAAACUUAGGUUGAUACUUCCAGGCAUAAGUGUCUUCUUUGUGGAAACAUUGAAGAUCAUGCAGCCUUUGUUGAUUGGCCAGGUCAUCAUGUUCCUAAGCCCAAACCCAACUUUACCCACCUACUAUGCUUAUAUAUUUGCGGCAGCGCUGGGGCUGGUUAACCUGCUGCAGACGUUUUUAAACUCCCACUUUUUCUAUGUUAUGCAACACACUGCCAUGAAAAUGAAAGUUGCUGUCUCUGGCCUGGUGUAUAAGAAGGUCCUUACUUUAAGCUGCCAGUCCUUUUACCAGACCACCUCUGGACAGAUAGUAAAUUUUCUCUCCACUGAUGUAGAAAUGUUCAGCACUUGUAUAGAAAACAUACACUACUUGUGGUUGUCUCCCCUUGUCAUAUGUGUCGUAGUGUACCUCAUAUACAGGGAAGUGGGUGUGGCCAGUUUCUUCGGUCUCCUGCCUGUUCUUGUAUUUUUACCAUCCCAGAUUGGUUCGGGGAAGCUCUUUGGUGUCUUGAGAAUGAAGACUGCAGCUUGGGGAGACGAGCGUAUCAAUGCCAUGACGGAAAUAGUGUCUGGGAUGAGAGUGAUCAAGAUGUAUUGCUGGGAGAAACCAUUUGGUCAGAUCAUCAACACACUUCGACAAAAGGAAAUGUCAUUCCUAAAGCUGUCUUUCCUGGUUAAAGCAAUAAACCUAUCUAUUGUGUUCUACCUCACACGAGUAAUGGCGUUGUUCAUCUUUGUUGGAAACUGGUUGUUUAUCUCCCACCCAAUAUCAACCAGUUCAGUCUUCGUCACUCUGGGCCUGCUGGAUAUCCUCAAGUUGUCAGCAUUCUACUUUCUUGCCUACAGCUUUGAGACCCUCUAUGAACUAUCUGCCUCAAUGCAGAGAAUACAGAAAUUUUUGUUGCUGGAUGAAGAGAAAGAUCUCACACAUGGGGGCAUCCUUCACAAACAUGUGCAUCAUCGGACACACACAGAGUCAGAUGCUGCUGUGGAGAUAGAUUAUGUGACAGCCCGAUGGGAGAUGAGUGGGGCUGAGCUGAGGAAGAAGAGCAGGGAGAAGAUCAAGAAGAGAGACAGCACCAGUGAGACUAGUAAACUCCUGCAUGAGAGUGAGAUGGAACAUUAUUUUUCCCUCAAGUCCAUUGCGCUGAACAUAAAAAAGGGGGAGUUGAUGGCUGUUGUGGGAACUGUGGGCUCUGGAAAGACUUCUCUGCUACUGGCAUUGCUGGGGGAAUUCCCCUAUCAACAAGGACAGAUAACUCUACAUGGAUCUGUGGGAUAUGCAGCUCAGCAGUCCUGGGUUUUCUCUGGAAGUGUGAAACAAAAUAUCUUGUUCGGAGACAAGUAUGAUUUUAAAAGAUAUGAGGCAGUAGUUGAUGCCUGUGCUCUUCAGAAGGAUGUUGGCCUGAUGAAAUAUGGGGAUGAGACGCUGGUUGGGGAGAGAGGACUCUUACUGAGUGGAGGUCAAAAAGCCAGGCUCACUCUAGCAAGAUCUGUGUAUCGGGACUGUGACAUUUACCUGCUGGAUGACCCUCUCAGUGCUGUGGACACCAAAGUAGGAAGACACAUCUUCAACAAAUGUAUUAAGCUACUACUGGAGGAGAAGACAGUUAUCUUGGUGACAAAUCAGCUGCAGUACUUGAGGAGGGCAGACAGAAUCGUUGUAUUGAGAGAGGGAAGUGUAUUUGACGUAGGAACCUAUGAUGAGCUAGAAGAGCGAGGGGUAGAUCUUGCAACAUACCUUACAACUGAGGAUAAACAUACCAAGGAUGAAGUUGUCUCUGCAAUGGAUGUAGAGGAACAGAAAAUGAAGGACGAAGAAUUAGAAAUAACAGCUUCGGGACAGCAGGAAGAAGAGGAAGUGACAGAAGGGGGUGCAGUAGGUGUUAAAGUUUAUGCCCAGUAUCUGGAGGCAGGCUAUGGUGUGAUCCUCGGACCAAUUGCCCUUGUGCUGGGCAUAGCAGCUGAGAGUGUAGUUUCUGCCUCAGGCUGGAUGUUGGCUAAAUGGUCUGAUAGUCUAGAUCCACAGUAUCCUGUGAACACCACCGGGGCAAUGGUCAAUUUCACAGAGGUUUUACCCGAGUCCACUGUCAAGUCAUGGAACACUAUGGAACUAUCACUGCAGUUCUUCAUCAUCUUCAUAUGCGCCUAUGUCAUCUUGAUCAACGUCUUUUCCAUCCUAGCUUUCCAGAUAUUUGCUCUGGCUUCACAGAGGCUCCAUGACAGAAUGUUUGCAUUUGUGCUGGGAGCUAGGUCAAGAUUCUUUGACAUAAACCCUGUUGGGAGGAUUUUGAAUCGAUUCUCAAGGGAUCUGGGAAUUGUUGACACCAUACUAAACAGAUGUUUGUUUGCCACAAACCAGUACACCUUGAGUAUAACUGCUGCUGUUCUGAUAGUGUGCAUAAUAGCUCCCUGGCUAUUCAUUGCCUUGGUUCCCGCCUCAAUUGUCGUCUUCUGUCUCCGAUUCUAUGCGAUUCAGACAACUCGUGAUAUCAAACGUAUUGAAGCAAAUGUCAGGAGCCCAGUUUACUCCCAUGUAUCAGACACAAUCCUGGGAUUGCAGACAAUCCGAGCCCUAAACAAACAGGAUCAGUUUCAGCAGGGGUUUGACCAGCACAUGAACAUCCACUCAAGAGCGUGGUUCUCGUACCUCUCCUCUUUCCGCUGGUACAGCUUGAGAUCAGUCUUCAUCAUGGUCGUGUUCUUCAACAUUGUCAUCUAUGUGUGUCUUGUCUUGAGAAACACUGUGUCCAUUGGCUUGCUGUCACUGGCUUUGUUUUACUCAUCAUCUGUAAUGGAACCAUUUGAAUUUCUGAUGAGAAUAACAGUUGAAGUGGAAAACUAUAUGACUUCGGUUGAGCGUAUCCUGUCAUACAGCAAGGUGGCUCAGGAAGGGCCCAUGGAAUCCGAUCGCCCACCCCCAGACACAUGGCCCAUGCAGGGCACCAUCUCAUUCAGUAAUACCAGUCUUCGAUAUGAGGAUAGCCUGCCCUAUUCUCUGAAACAUAUCAACUUUCAUAUCAAGAGCAAGGAGAAAAUUGGCAUAGUGGGCCGUACAGGUGCAGGUAAAAGCUCCCUACUGGCAGCUCUCCUGCGAUUGGCUGAGCCUGAAGGGAAGAUGUGGAUAGAUGGCAUGGAUGUCACCAUCAUUGGCCUUACUGAACUCCGGGAGAAAAUAUCAGUCAUUCCUCAGGACCCUGUUCUGUUUACGGGCACCUUACGGCAGAACCUUGAUCCCCUGGACAUGUACACAGAUGACAAGCUGUGGCAGGUGCUGGAACAGGUUCAGCUGAAGACGAAGAUUCAGGACAGUCCAGAAGGCCUGUGUAUGGGUGUGGCAGAAUCUGGACACAACUUCAGCGUGGGGCAGAGACAGCUGGUCUGUUUAGCCCGAGCUCUGCUUGCUGCCAACAAGAUACUUGUACUGGAUGAAGCAACUGCUCAUGUCGACCAUGAGACUGACCAACUCAUCCAGAGAGUUUUACGAGCCAAGUUUCGUGAAUGCACAGUUCUGACCAUAGCUCACAGACUGAACACUGUCAUGGACUGUGACAGAAUUAUGGUCCUUGAUGAGGGAGAGCUAAAGGAAUUUGACAUCCCAUAUAACUUGCUCCUUCACAAAGAUGGCUACUUCUGUAAACUGGUAGAUCAGCUUGGCAAACAACAGGCAAGGCAAUUACAUGCCCUGGCUGAGCUGGCCUACCACCAGAGGGCUUCAGCAAGCAUGCUGCUGGAGGAGGCAGUAAAAUCAGCCACAGAAAUCUUCAGAAAUAGUCGUGAGGACCUUCGUAGAAGUAAAGAUAGUUUAAUGAGGAGCAAAAACAGUUUGGAUACGAGUGAAACAACUCUAAACACCAUUGAAAACUCAAAAACUCUCUAUGGGAGGUACUCCACCCCAGUUAAAUCAAGUCCAAAACCACAUCGCAAAAUCCGACAUGUGAAAAGCAGUCCUGCAAAGGAAAGCCCAAAAAUACAUAGAAAGACUCCUUCAAAAAGUGAUUUGGUUGAUAGGAAUGAUAGAGAAGAAAUAGUUCCUUUAGUAACACAUAGUCCUGGCAGACACACAUUAGAAGAAUCUCCAGUUGUGAAUGAUGAUCGAGGAGGGACAGUGUCCCCCAUCAGGAAGCCUGUCAACCCUCUAGCCAAGGGAAGCCGGACUCUCAGCCCCAAGGGAAGCCCUCGCGUUAUUACAGGGCUGUAUCAGAAGCAGAAAGAAGGGGAGGAUUCUGAUGACCAGAAGAUUAUUUUUUGCUGAGGAUAUGUUAUUGAAAAUACUCUGAUCAUAUUGAGAAGAUUCCUACCUAUGAUAUGUGCAUCAAGAGAAAACACCUCAAGAUAUGUUCUGUCCAGUCGAACAGUGCCUUGCUUCUACCUUUAGUCCAUUUCUGUUUGAUCUCUGUUUGAAAUAUAAUUUAUUAUCAAGGGUAAAAGUAGAACUAUCUAGUCCAAUGUGGCUGAUUUGGUUAAUGUCCUGAUGGCUAGUAGAAUUGCACAGGCUAGGAUUGAUGUCAUCUUAUUAUGCAUACAAUCAAGGAUAAUUUCUGGGUGUGUUCCGAAGAUCAUAAUGUUGUCAUAAUGAAAACUGUCUGUGUCUGUUUACAGGGGCAGAAUCUGCUUGGUGUGAAUUUUCAUUUGGUCAACUGACUAAUUUCCUCUAAAGGUUAUUAGACAUGUUUCAGAAGUGUAUUUGAGUUUCCAUGGAUCCAUAUCCUAAGCUUCUGGCAGUCAAAGGCACUCAAUAGGCUUUGUUCAGGCUGUCUGGAGUAUGUUGGUUUAUAUAUUCUCAUUGAAUUCUUAACUUUGUGCUUUAGAAUAAGUAAACGGUUUAAGAACUGCCAAAAUGUUACCUUUGUCACUGAGUUCAACAAUAUCUGUUGAAUGUUUGAAUUUGCCACACUAUGUAUUAGAUGUUCUGUAGCUCUCCUUGUCAAAGGCAAUGAUGUUGUCUUGGGAAUACAUAUGAAUAGCAUGGGAUGCAAGUGGCAGAGUAUUAAUGCUGAUAAAUAUUAUGCUUGUUGAACCAAGCCAUUUUAAGGAUAUAUUUAUUCUGUUAUUAAAAAGACAUCUUAAUGCUAACAAGAAAUGCAACAACUAUUUCCUUAAUAUUUUCUUUACCCUUUGUAUUCAGGAGGUGUAAUCAUUUUGGACUUGACAGGGGCAGACUGUGGUUAGUCUGUGCAAAUACCGCUUGUAUAUUGCUCAAUAUUUAUGGUAAUUAUAAACAUUUUAUACACCAGUUGUUAUAUUUCCUAGUGGGACAAUCUACAUAUGGUAACUGUUACAAAAUGAGUCUUCCAGGAUUGUGUUUUGAAAGGAAAUAUCAGAUUUAUUAAUUAUAUUCAUGUCAUUUGUUUAGUUGUAUUAUUUUUUGCUAUAAUGUUUUUCAAUGGACAGAUGUGUUGUGAGCUAUAUUUUAUGCGAAAUAUCCUCAUCGUAUACUAUUAGUAGUGGACAUGACUGUUUUCAAUAAGUAAGAAAGAAACCCAGAAAAUAGUACUGUAAAAAUGAAUGUUUUGUUCUGUUACAGAUGCUUAAUUAGGAAAGACAAAACUGACAUAUUAGCACCAGUGUUUCAUGACAUUGCCAAAAUCUGGACACAAGAGACAUGUCCGUGCAAUCAUGAUACAGAGAUUAUCAGCCAUGUUUUCAUUUUUUAUUCAGAGAAAUAUGGAAUUUGUUGCAAUAUUAUUUAGGAUACAAGAACUCUUGUUUUAUAUCUAAAGGUCGAAUGUUUAAACUUUUGUAUGUUUAUAAUAUUUGGAUAUUGCAUUGAUAAUUGUAACUACAUUAAAUGGAGGCUCAAGGUGUGUGAUAUGGAGACUCCAGAUUCUAACAGUCAACCAUGUGUGUCUUCCUCUUUAUGGAAUUAUUGUGUCCAUGUGCCCCAUGUGAUAAUUUUGAUAAGGAGUUCUUUUUCUGGAUUUUUAUCACAUCAAUGCCUGUAAUUUUGAUUUCUUUUACAAUUGUUAACCACAUUCCUUACCACGAUUUAUUAUCUGUUUGUGAUUAUUGAUCUCUCUUACACCUAUGUACUAUUACAUUCCAUAAAUGAAUUAAUGUAGUUUAGCGAACACUGGCUGAAAGUCCAAGUGAGAUUAUAUCCUAUAUGUCUUUUGUAAAUUGCAAUCCCCAGAAACUGGUUGGAUGAGGUUUUCAUUUCAUGUAAAUAUGAUUAUUACACCAAAUAUUUGUACACCCUAAAAUGAAUUAUUUUCUAUACCAAAUGUCUAAAAGACAAACUGACUUAUGUUAGUUACUGCUCACAUAAAAGUUUGUCAAAUAUGGCUACAUGUAGAAAUUGCUGUCAUUGUUUUUCCAUGAAAGCUUGCUGUUGUGAUUUAACAUUCUUUAAAGUCAUGAAAAAUAAAUAGACGAUGUAAGUAUUUUCUUCCAACCACACCUAGACUAGACCUACAUCUUCCCCUCAUCCAGAGUUUAUUUCCUGAUAUAUGCAUCAAAUAUGUGCCUUAAGUCAGUGUCUUAUGUCUGUAUUGUCAUAGUGGACCUGUUUUACAAGAUUCACUCCGACCACUAAAAACAGAAGGGCUGAAAUGAAGCGCCCUAUAGAAAACAGGACUGCUCCAUUCAUCAUCUGUACUCUGCCUUUAGAUACAUGAUCAAUGAGAGAUGGUAAUUUUGAUGCAACGAAUGGCAUGUUUGCAUUAUCAAGAAUGCAUGAACUGUCAGCCUGCUUCUUGAUUGUAUGUUAUCGGCAUAUGAGACAAUGAUGGUCCUGAGCUUCAGAUAUGUUGGGAAUUUGAACCUAUACUGAGAGAAAAAAGAAUAAGGGAUCACAUGAAAGCACAAGUGUUCCCUUAUAUUUUGCAUGCAUAGCUUGUGAAGAAAUCUGGAACAAAAUAAGGGAACACUUCUGCUUUCAUGUGAUCCCUUAUUUUUUUUCCUCAGUAUAUUUACAUUAUAAAUGUGUAGCUGGUCUUUGAUACUGAAUAUCGAAUUUCCUGGUCUGUGGUAAAUUUGGAAGAGAAUUACUGUGUGGCAUGGCAUUCCAACAAAGAAUGAAUUCCCGAAAUUAACAGACAUUUAGUACCAGUUAGUUGUUUUAAUUAAAGCAAAUUCAUAGCUAGCUAGCUAGCUAGACAGAUAGUAAUCAGCAGUCACUGAACCAAGAAGGAUGUGUUCUGAAACUGGUCAUAAUGGGAAGACACCAGUAACAAGUGUUGUACAUGUAUCUAGUAGCAAUUGUAUGUGAAGUUUUAUGAUGGAGUAUUUGGUGGCAUUUGAAGGAACUUACCUGCUUGUUCAUGCAGCACCUAUUUGGUAAGAGACAUGACCAUUUAGUGUUCCUCAGUCAUCAGAUUAGAUAACUGUGUAUAUGAAACACUAAAGUAUGUGUCAUAUAUCAUGUUUUCUAUGGUGGAUCAUGUAGACACUAGCUAAUUCAUCUAUGAAUGAAUGAUCUAUUUUUGAAUGAUGAAGAUCUUUACUGGAAACUAUUUUUUUAAUGCUUAUGGAGCUCUGUGCAGCUUGUGUCUACAUUUACAUGGUAUUUUAACCAAUUGUUGAAACAAUAUGGACCCAUUUUGACUUUCUAUGUAUAAACGUGAAACCACACUUAUUUUCAAAGAGUUUGGCCAACAGAAAUGAAUUAUAUUGUCUGUUAUCAUGCAUGGUUAGCCAGAACAUUUUUAGAGACUUUGAUAUUGUAAAUGCUUUGAGCCCUCUGGUUGGUUCAAGGUAGCAAAUGGUCUGUGCCUUUGAUGAAUUUACUGCGGUUAAAAUGUUGUAUGAAAUAACUAUGUAAUAGUAAGUAUUUUCUAAGCUUGAGCCAAUAAGAGGUUCAGUUGCAUAAUGCUGGGGUUUUUUAAAAAUAAUAUCAAACAUUGCUCACUGAGCAAGGUGCCAUGCUAGCAUUUGGUUUUUGAUGUGUUCAAAUGAUUUUUCUUGGCAACCCAAGUUAACGUAGGAAUGGUAAUUACAGUAUAAUGAUGUGGCAAUAAGUGAAUAUACCCAACCAGUGUCAGGAGAUAGACUUUUUACUUUUCACAAUAGUUUCUUUCGGUAAACACAUUCAAUUCAUGCAUGAUGCACUAUUGGCCAGUACCUGAUGAAGUCAGCUGUUAUGUACCAGUAAUACGAAUGUAUACUUUGUGUGUCUUAGGUCAGUCUGAAAAUGACACCUUUGAAUCAAGACCUGUUUAUUGUCAUAUUUUAUGUUCACAUAUGAACUGUUUUCAGAAGUGAGAUUAGCAACAUACUAGUUUUGAAUUUCACACAUCUCUAUGGCAUGAAUGUUUCAAAGUGUUCAAUAUUGGGCAAUAUUUAUCAUCAGUACAGCUCUUUAUCUAACUUGUCAUGUUUUUGUUAUAGGAGCAGAACUCAAAACCACUCAGUAUUUCAUCUUGAGGCCUUACACAUAGCAAAUUGAUGGCAAAGUAAUUCUUUUUGAUAUUUAGGGAUUUUCUUUGUUUUUGUCAUUUUCCUUAAAUCAAGCAUGACAUACACUCAAGUGAUAUGCAGUUUUGUUUCCAUAGCAUCUCAUAUUUCUUCGCAAAACUUUA